AUGGAUGCUGCUACUGGAACCAAUGAAGAAGUAAUAACAAAUUAUGUCGCAAAUUUUGAGGAGUGCGUGAUGGUAGGUCUUGUACGCGAAGCCGCCCCUUCAUCAAUCGGGGAUGUAGCUCAGAUGGUAGAGCGCUCGCUUAGCAUGCGAGAGGUACGGGGAUCGAUACCCCGCAUCUCCAUAAUUUUAUAUUUUCAUUCUUUUAAACUUUGGGCCAAAUUGUAUAUGGCCCUCUGUGAGGAGGAAUUCAUCAAAGAAGGCCCGUUAUCAUCAAUUGGGGAUGUAGCUCAGAUGGUAGAGCGCUCGCUUAGCAUGCGAGAGAUGGUAGAGCGCUCGCUUAGCAUGCGAGAGGUACGGGGAUCGAUACCCCGCAUCUCCAAAAUUCUCUUCCGUCCAGUAACACUUACACCAAUUCUUCUUCGAAAGUAA